CUGAACUCCAAAGUUAUGACCUUGUUAUUGUAGGUGUCGUCCAAUUGCAUGAAAAGUCUCGCGGUGUCAUCGAAUUGGCGAGCGCCUCGCCAAAAGACUAUCCCAUCAUCAGACCAAGAAUGUAUUAAGCUUGGCCGUGGUUCGGACGAUUAUUAUCGAUGUUACAUUCGAUACUUCGUCAACACUUGUUAUCACCCGGCCGGCACUUGCAAAAUGGGAAACUUUGCUACAGAUCCAAAGGCUGUUGUUGACAAUGAAUUAAAGGUUCGCGGCAUCAAAAGCUUGAGAGUGAUUGAUGCUUCAAUAAUGCCAAACACCGUGUCGGCCAAUAUAAAUGCAGCAACGCUGAUGAUUGGCGAAAAGGGUGCAGAUUUAAUUAAAGAAACUUAUGCGAAAAGUACUGUAUAGUAUUUGGCAAUCGAAUGUAUAUGAUUCCUAAAGGACUACAUUGUUAACCAGAACAAGUUUCGAGAGAAUCGAAACGUUGAUACUUGGUAGAACAUAGAAGAAUUUUCCUA